AGACAUUCAGGUGCAAGUUUAGAUGUGGGCGUACCUACAUAAUAUUACCAUAUGGAGGGCCAUUUGGGUGUUAGAAAAGGUGCAUGGACUCCGGAGGAAGAUGAUCUUCUCAAGAAGUGCAUUCAGAGGCAUGGAGAAGGAAAAUGGCACCAAGUUCCCUUCAAAGCAGGUUUGAACAGAUGCCGGAAAAGCUGUAGACUGAGGUGGUUGAAUUAUCUGAAACCAAAUAUCAAGAGAGGAGAAUUUGCAGAGGACGAAGUUGAUCUCAUAAUAAGGCUGCAUAAGCUGCUAGGAAACAGAUGGUCCCUUAUCGCCGGCAGGCUUCCGGGAAGGACAUCUAACGACAUCAAAAACUUUUGGAACUCUCACCUCCGCAAAACGAUGGUGUCUCACACCGAAGAGCAGAUUCAUCAAAGGAAACCAAAUAUCAACGUCAUAAAGCCUCGGCCCCGGGUCUUAUCUAGAAGCUUAACGAGGCCGUUGGAAGAAAAUAUUUGCAACACUCCACCACCACCGCAGCCGCCGCCGCUGUCGGUUUCGCUGGAUAAUGAAAUCUUGUGGUGGGAAAGUUUUCUGAAUGGAGAGGAAGGCGAGCAAGGAACAAUAGACGGCUCGACGACGAGCGAUUUCCAAGAUGAGGCCAUCGCAAAAUACUUCGGGGAAGAAACAUUUGGGGGACGUCGGUGAGUAUGGAAUGCUCUUUUACUGAAGAUGAGCUGAGCAAUCAAACUGACUUAGCUCUUGAUGUGGACAUAUGGAAUCAUUUUAAUACUAAACAAUAAAAUGUUCACUUUAUU